GUCGACGCGAAGAUAAAAGUGUUUGUUCAUUAUUACUUACAAUUUUUGAAUUAUUAUCAGUUCCACGAUGUUUUCCUCCGCUUGGAACUUUAUCAAACGUCACAAACGGAAGUUUAUUUUUACCGGAGCUGUACUUGGAGGAGUUUACUUCCUGGGAAAAUAUGCACAGAAAAAGAUCAGCGAGCUGCAGGAGAAGGAGGCGUCGGAGUACAUCUCUCAGGCCAGGAGACAGCUCCACUUUGAGAGUAAUCAGAGGACGUGCAACUUGACGGUGCUGUCCAUGCUGCCUGCUCUGAAAGAAGCCAUCGUUGCUCAGCUGAACUCAGAAGGUCUCACUGCGCUGCUCAAGACAAAACCAGCCAAUAAAGUAGAGAUCUGGGAGGACCUGAAGAUCAUCAGUUUCAGCCGUACCAUCGUGGCCGUCUACAGCACCUGUUUGCUGCUGGUCCUGCUGAGAGUGCAGCUCAACAUCAUCGGAGGUUAUCUGUACCUGGACAACUCUGUGGGGAAGAAUGCAGCAACUCCUCUGACUCCUCCUGACGUACAGCAGCAGUAUCUGUCCAGCAUCCAACACCUGCUGGGAGACGGUCUGACUCAGCUGAUCUCUGAGGUGAAGAAGUCUGUGCAGAACUCACUGGGAGGUGUGUCUCUGAAACAGUCUCUCUCUCUGCUGGAGUUGGAGCAGCAGCUCAGUUGGAUCAGAGCGGAGGUGGAGUCGUCAGAGCGCCCCCUGUCCUGGUACAUGUUGGCUGAUGACCAGGACGCUCUGUCUGACCAGGCCUGUGGUCUGACAGAAGAUGACGUCAUGACCAUCAGACUUCUGAAGGAGACCAGAGACAUGUUGGACAGUCCAGACUUCUCCUCUGCUCUGACUGCUUGUCUGAACCGCGGCUUCUCUCGUCUCCUCGACAAUUUGGCCGAGUUCUUCCGCCCACCUCCUGGUGACUCCGCCCCCAACGCUGCGCCUGACAGUCUGUCUGUGGUCAGUCUGCCCCUGGCCAAGGUCAUCCCCAUCAUCAACGGCCAGGUCAACAUCAUCUGCAGUGACACGCCCAGCCACUUCGUUCAGGACCUUCUGCUGAAUGACCAGGUCAAGGACUUCUCCGCCAUCGUGUACGAGACCUUCAGCACGCCACAGGAGCUGCAGAAAUGAGCUGUCGGCCAAUCAGGACGCAGCAAGGUAAAAACAACUGACUGUGAAUGAAAGACCAGGACUUUUAGCUCCGCCCUCCUCUUCUGGCAGCAGCACUGGAUUAUUGAGCCAGAUAAGGAGGAGGAGGUGGAGGAGGAGGACACCUGCAGGUGGUAUGAAGUCCCUGCAGGAUUUGUGAUGAACUGCAGAAUUAUGGGAUGUGGAAUCAGACGUUUUUACACUUGACCAGAAAACGUGGGACUCAUGAAGUCAUGUGAUCUUAGCUGAUCAUUUAGAAACAGAUUUUUGUUCUUAGGGAUCCUCUCUCUCUCUCUCUUUCUCUCUCUCUCCACAUGGUGGCAGUGUAACAGUUGGUCUCUUCACUCUUUAGAACUGUUUUCCGGAGCAGAACAGUUCACGUCUGUGACAUCAUCAUAGAAAUAGACUAAAAAAGUCAAACCUUUUGAUCAUGUGACCAGCUAACUGAAGAAAAGGCUCAGGUGGUGGUGACCUCUGACCUUAAGGCUACAUCCAUGGUCUCAACACCAGUAAUGUUUACAGUACUAUAGGUUUCUAUUUUUUUAAACCUGCUGUUCUUUAGCGGGGGGGGGGUCAUAUAAAUUACCUUCAGGUUUUUAAGUCAUGUCAAUGAUGUUUUUAAAGCUUUGACCACUGGGUGUCACUGCCGAGCUUCUUUUCACCUCUGCACUGUUUCAAUCCAAAACAAAUAAAACAUAAUUAUUCCCUUUUA